GCGCAAAUGGGCGAGAGCUGGGAGAUCCGGGGAUCAGCUGGGGGGCGAAAACAAUAGCGCUCCCGGGGACAACGGGCUUCAGACUCGGCCGCUCGUACCCGCUGCUCCGGCCGGACUCUGCGUGCUGUCCCUGUCCUCUGCGGCACGUCUCAGUCAUAUUUCAAUGGAUUGUGGACGCCUGAUGGGAAGUGGCCUAAAAGCGCAAGAACUUCAAGAACCAAUGCGGAUUUUAUGCGUUUUAUGCAAGCGUCUGCGAUCGGAUCGCUCACUGUGAUUUUUAGCCCCAGUGUAGAUGGACAUAUCGAGUCAUUGGAGCCUGUUUUAAUGAUUUUGAGGAUUUUUGCAGCAGUUUAGCUUUUUUUUCCCUAUUGACUUUGAAUGGUCUAUUGUGAAGGACUGUGGUACCCUGAGGCUGAGGGCUGUGGAUGCCCAUGACUUACCUGGAGCAGAUGUAGGAUGACUCCCAGCCCUCGUUUAUUACUCUCCUUCCUUGGGAUCCGUCUUCUAGAAUCUACAUGGAUCAUCUAGGACUCGAUCCGAUGAGCGGUUGUGAUGGCGCUUUAAACAUUGAUUCUCCAUAGAUAAAGAACAGUUGCCAUGGUUACGAUCAAUCGUCUCCUAUAGGUGGCCUGUAAACUGGGAGUACCACCGUUGAGGUGUUGACCCCCUAGAGGUGCGGAUGUUUUAUCGGAUCAUCUGAACUUUUAUAGCUUUCAAUACGUUUUUUUUUUUUUUUUUUCUCCUCUGAGGCGUUCUGCGUUCUCCUGGUGACAUCGCUGAAGACUGACCGGUUGGGUUGGAGAUCUGUUCUUGGGUUGAGGUUUCUUCCCGGCUCCAGAUUAGGUUUCCAAUGUAGACUUGGCUUUCCUUUGAGAACAUGGCUCUUGGACUUUUUGGGAAACUGAGGGAGUAACCCCUCUGAUCAUGUCCCAGGACUUUGGGGUCACUUAUGGCUGCAUUGAAGGAGAUCUAGGGGCGGUUUGGGAAACUGGUGGCACCCUCCAUGUGGCGGAGCAGCAGAUCGUCAUCAUAUCCACUCCAGAUGUCCCGGGAGAUGGAGCCACAAACUCUGGCCUUAGUGAGGCUGAGCUGAUGCUUUUCACUACCCCUCAAGGACCAAGUCCAGGAUGUGCGGGGCAGAAGCCAACCCUUGGACGUCCUCCGGUGAAGAGGAAGCUGGAUUUGGAAGCAGGACACAGGUAUAUUCCAGAAGGCCUUCAGACGCCACGUGGGAAGACAAGAAAUCCCGCUAGAGGGGUGAAGUCUCCAGGAGAGAGGUCCCGUUAUGAGACGUCUUUGAACCUUACCACCAAGAGAUUUCUGGAGCUUCUUAGCAAGUCUGCAGAUGGAGUCGUAGAUUUAAACUGGGCAGCCCAGGUGCUGAAUGUGCAAAAGAGGAGGAUCUACGAUAUCACCAAUGUGCUUGAGGGGAUCCACCUGAUCACUAAAAAAUCUAAAAACCACAUCCAAUGGCUGGGAAACAGAUCUGUGGUGGAGUCCAGCACCAGAUACCAGAUGUUGACUAAGGAUUGUCAGGAUCUUCUGGCCACGGAGCAGCACUUGGAUGAGUUGCUUCAGAUGUGCACCACCCAGCUGAAACUGCUGACAGAGGAGUCCGAGAGCCAACAGUUGGGAUAUGUAACCUGCCAGGACCUUCGUAGCAUAGCGGACCCCUCAGAGCGCAUGUUAAUGGUGAUUAAAGCUCCUCCAGAAACGCAUAUGCAAGUUUCGGAUCCCAAAGAGGGCCUGCAGAUUUCUCUUAAAAGCACCCGUGGACCCAUUGAUGUGUUCCUCUGCCCAGACGACUCUUCUGGGGUUUGCAGUCCUGUCAAAAGCCCAACCAAAGCUCCUAGUUCUUCUGACAACUCACCCAGCAAACAGAGCCCGAAUGGCUCUACAGUUCUGGCACCUUCUCAGGAUAUUGGCAUAGGGUUGCUUCCUUGUGACCAAGAGUCAUUGCUAUCACCGGAGACAGAUCUUCCCUUGGGUUACUCGGCAGAAGACCUUCACCUGUCCCCCGUCACCGCUGCUGUCCUGCCUGACUUUCUCUCUGAUGAGUUCAUCAGCUUGUCUCCUCCCCUCUCUCACGAGUACCACUUUGGGCUGGAGACCAGCGAGGGUGUAAGCGAACUGUUUGACUGUGAUUUUAGUGACCUGACAUCUCUGGACUUGUGCAACGAAUACUGAUACAGCCUGGUUCUUGUCCAUUUACCAACACAAGCCCCACUUUCCUACCCUACAUCUACUGCUCAUGGCAUGUGAUUGUUGCUUCCCCCCCCCC